AUGGCACCAGGUACCCUAUAUACGUCUGAAUUGGAGAGUCCAAAUUGGUCAGCAAAGAAAUUUGAGCCCGUUUUGCAGAAACAAAUGCAAUUGAUCGGUACAGCUAUUCGUGAACAUCUUAUGAAUAUCGAUGAACAAGAACUGGAUUCAUUCUUUGUGUGUGAUAUUGGAGAAUUGAAGAGACUUGUGAAAAAAUGGAGAGAGAAUUUACCAAGAAUUGAGCCGUUUUAUGCUGUUAAAUGCAACAAUGACAGAGAGCUUUUGAGAACUAUGGCUGUAGAACUUGGAUUAGGAUUUGAUUGUGCAUCAAAGAAUGAGAUUCAAAAUAUAUUGUCACUAGGAGUCAAUCCAUCUAGAAUUAUUUAUGCCAAUCCGUGCAAAGCAAUUCCCCAUAUUAGAUAUGCCAAAGAGAAGGGAGUGGAUCUUACUACUGUGGAUAAUAUCGAUGAACUGUAUAAGAUGAAACGGCUACAUGAAGAUUGCGGCCUACUUAUCCGUAUUUUGACAGAUGAUUCCACUUCAGCAUGUCCACUUUCUGUUAAAUUUGGUGCUUCUUUGGACUACGCAAAACAGAUAGUCGAUACCUGCAGCCAAUUAAAGUUAAAUCUUCGUGGUAUAGCAUUCCAUGUUGGUUCUGGUUGCAAAAAUUUCAACACCAUAAAGAGUGCGGUGGCAGAUUGCAAGAAAAUGUUUGAUUAUGCAGCUACGAAGGGUUUCGAGCUUGAUCUGCUAGACGUCGGUGGAGGCUUCUCUAAAGUUUCAUUCCAGGAAUCGAGUAAGAUAUUAAGAGAUGCCAUCGAGACUCAUUUUCCCUUACAAACCUACGGUCACAUGCAAAUAAUUUCCGAGUUGGGAAGAUAUCUUUCUUCUUCUUGCUUUACACUUGUUACCAAUGUCAUUGGAAAGAGAUCCGACCAUACCAAGGAGAGAAUAUAUCUCAAUGACGGUCUUUAUGGUAAUUUGAAUUGCAUAUUAUAUGACCAUCAAAAAGUUGAGCCGCGAAUUUUAACUAGUAGGGGGGAAUUCAAGUUCUUUGAGGAUUACUUGGAGCAGCCUCCGCUACUAUCUAAUAAGAAGUAUUCUAUUUGGGGGCCUACGUGCGAUGGAUUGGACUGUAUUACGCAGAAAUGUGGGUUACCCUACGAGGUGCAAACGAGCGAUUGGCUGUAUUUCAAAGACAUCGGUGCAUACACUUCGGCCGCAUCGACAAGCUUCAAUGGAUUUGAAGCUACAACAGAAAGUAUUUAUGUUGAUAGUGAAGAUCGGAUAUAUAUGUAUAAGUAG